AUGUCUUCGUCAUCGGAUAACACCGAGAAUACGCAAAAUGAUAGAUCAGCUAGGAUGUUGAGGAAUGCCCAGCGGUCAGUAUUGGGCAAUGUUACAAAUACUAUAGUUUCGCAGCAAAAUGGUUCACAACAAUCCGCCAUUAGAAGCUUGAAAGCCGCUUUGGCUAAUAGAGAUAAUAGUCGAACUCUGCAAUAUAAUAAGGAUUCAUUCGUCUCUGUUCAGAAAUUGAAAUCUGGGAACGCAAAUGAUGUCAAUUGUGCCUCGUCGGGUUCAAAUACGUCUGUGAGUAGGAAUAGUUCAUCGUUGGCUCCCGAAGGUAAGGAAAAUCAGGAUCCGUUCGUUCCUUCAUCUAAAGUUCUACCUUCGAUUGAAGAGGAAGUGCGAGAUAAGAAUAACGAUAAUUUAUUACCACAAUCUCAAUCAAGUCUCAGUAGCAAUGAAACAAAUUCGGAGACAGACCAUCCACCAAGUAGGUUAUCUGCUAGGACGUUUGACGCCGGGAAAAAGAGACCAAUUUCAACUGUAGUAGAACAAGAUGUACCCAAGAAGUUCAAAGUUUGUGGUGGAGAUGGUGAAGAAGAAUACGAAUGGGAAGAUUUAGAUGCUGAGGACUCAAAUGAUCCAUUCAUGGUAAGCGAAUAUGUCAACGAGAUUUUUGAAUAUUUGAGCCAUUUGGAAGUCGUCACAUUACCUAGAGAAGAAGAUCUCUACAAGCAUAGAAAUAUUCGUCAAAACAGAGAUAUCCUUGUGAAUUGGCUUGUCAAGAUCCACAAUAAAUUCGGUUUAUUACCAGAGACAUUAUACUUGGCCAUCAAUACAAUGGAUCGGUUUCUUUGUAAAGAGUUGGUUCAACUAGACAAACUUCAAUUGGUUGGAACUUCGUGCUUGUUCAUAGCAUCCAAGUAUGAAGAAGUUUAUUCCCCCAGUAUAAAACACUUUGCGUCAGAAACAGAUGGGGCAUGUACAGAAGAGGAGAUCAAAGAGGGUGAGAAGUUCAUAUUGAAGACACUAAGUUUCAACCUCAACUACCCAAAUCCCAUGAACUUCUUAAGAAGAAUUUCAAAAGCAGACGACUACGAUAUACAGUCUCGAACACUUGCGAAGUUCCUUUUAGAGAUCUCGCUGGUCGAUUUCAGGUUCAUCGGUAUUCUCCCAUCACUUUGCGCUGCCGCAGCAAUGUUCUUGUCCAGAAAGAUGUUGGGUAAGGGGAAAUGGGAUGGUAAUUUGAUUCAUUAUAGCGGUGGUUAUACUAAGGCCCAACUGGCACCAGUGUGUCACAUGCUCAUGGACUACUUGGUGAGCCCCAUAGUGCACGAUGAAUUUCAUAGGAAAUACCAAUCCAGAAGAUUCAUGAAGGCUUCCAUUAUAUCUGUCCAAUGGGCUCUGAAAGUAAGGAAAAAUGGUUAUGAUAUAAUGACAUUGCAUGAGUAA